UUGACACAGAACAAACCAUUGAAGCAAAAUGAAACAGAUCGUAGAUUUAGCACGAGAAAAGUGAUAAAUAGGUGUGAAAAGUGCGAAAACGCGAAAAUCGAAAAUGUAUUUUCGGUCUUGCGAACGCCAGCGCGCCAACGUGAAAAAUAAAGCCGAAUUGUUAGCUAACAGAUAUUGUUCUUCUGAAGUGUGUUUUUCCGAAAUCAAAGACGGAAUUCUUCAGUGCAAAUGCGGUGAAAACGAUGCGAUGAGCAACAAGUUCGAAUGGAAAUUCGUCAAGGAAGAAAACACCUCCGACAUAGUUUUUUCGAAUGAAAACAAAGACAUUCUUUUCCACCCCACCUACAGCCACGGCACUGCCGUGCUGAGGGGCGAAAAACCCUUCGCCAAAAACCGGCAUCACUACUGGGAAGUGAAAAUGAUUUCAUCCCUCUACGGGACAGAUGUGAUGGUGGGCGUGGGUAGUGCCAACAUAAGACUGGCAGACUGGAAGUACCAGUUUUGCAGCCUGCUGGGCCUCGACGGGCAAUCGUGGGGUUACUCGUACAAAGGCAACAUCCAGCACGACCAGCUGGGGCGAAAGUACGGGGUCAAGUACGGCAUGGGGUCCCUCGUGGGGGUCCACUUGGACAUGUGGCGCGGCACGCUCGAAUACUACGUGAACCGCCGGCCCAUGGGCACGGCCUUUCGAAACUUGAAGCGGCACGAGGUUUAUCCGAUGCUGAGCAGCACCGCUGCCAAAAGUGCGGUUAGGAUCACGUGCGCCGUGUCGACGGAGCCCACUCUGCAGAUGUACUGCCUGAAGGUGGUCGUGAAGAAGCCCGCCCUCUACCGGGAGUUCAAGCAGGAGAUGCCGCAGAUCGCCAGGAUAUACGAGAAGAAGUACUUCUGGAUUAGACCCACAAUAGAUAUUCAAACGAGGGCGCUGGCUGUCCCGAAGCGACAAAAUAAGCGCGAAAGAUCGGACGGACUGAAUUUUUUGACCUGCGAGGAAAACCUAACCUCCGAUUCAGAGACUGAAGACGUUUACGGCGGUUUGGAAGCAACCAACAGGAAAAAAAGUGAUAAAAAUAAGAGAAUAAGAAGUCUAGGAUUAGAGGAUGACUGUGUAUUUGCGAUUGUUUAAUAAUUAUAUUAUUAAUAAGGAAUAUUUAAGUUUUUACUAUUAAUUAUGAUGUAUGAGCGAAAUAAAAUAAAAAGCAUUUUAUAAGUCUUAAAUACAUUUAUUAAC